AUGCGUCAGGAAGGACUCAGGCGCAAGAAAGCGAGCUGGGAACAGGGUGUAGAGAAAGUUAAAGUCCGGAACGUCGGCGAGGAACUCGUGGUGCUGGGGAACCGACAGGCCCGCUGUGAGGACGACGUAAACAAGAUCACCCGCUUGGGAAGGAUUCUGGAUGACAAGGUAGAAGUCUUCGACGACCUGCAGCGGCGUAUGGAGGAGCUGAAUGCAAAUGCACAGCUGCAGCCUCAGCGCGUCCUGGGAUCGCAGUUUGCCGCAUCCGUCCGGUGCCUUGGCUGCCGCGAGCCCAUCGUGGCGGAGGAGGACAUUGGUACCAGAUCAGGGGAUUCGUAG